AUGCCGGAUCCCGAACCCACGCCGUCCUCGCACACGGGCAUCGACACCUGCCGUGCGCCCAUCACUCGUGCCCGCUCGUCACGUCUGGUUCGCGAUGCCUUUGUGCUCGCGCUCGUGGACCUGCGCGCGCGUGCCCUUUUUCGUCAACGUGCGCCGAAGCCCACGCCGGAGCCGUCGCGGCCGUUUCUCCCGCCCCCGCGCCUCGACCCUCGCACGAUACGAUGGGAGCAAACGGCAGACGCAACAGCGCACAUGCUUGCUGAAAGUGUCCAUGGACCGUACGGCGAGCAUGGCGAGUGGCUGCCCUCGUAUCUCCUCGUCGACGGAUGCACUCGUAUCAACUCGGAGGGUGAACACGUGCAACUACAACCACGCCUUUGUGCAUCCUACGGCCGAUGA